AAAUUAGUCAUAAUCGAAAAUUUAACUGACUGAUGUGUUUAUAGUUUACUUAGUGUGAAUUUUAUUAGAUUUAUAAUUGUUUUUAUAUUUGGAUUAACGUCCUUUUCUACUCCAACUAAGGCGGAAAGGACGGGUUAUUAGAUUUUUAUGGUGAAUUGUUUAUUACCGAGGAAUUAAGUAAUAUAAUUCAAAGUAUCUUCAUAAUGUCUAAUGAAUCUGUUAAGACUUUUGGUCUUGAGACACCCAAUUAUGUUGGGUUUGCAAAUUUGCCUAACCAAGUUCAUCGAAAAUCUGUUAAAAAAGGAUUUGAAUUUACUUUGAUGGUUGUUGGAGAGUCUGGAUUAGGUAAAUCUACUCUGGUUAACAGUCUUUUCCUAACUGAUCUGUACCCAGACAGGAAGAUUCCUGAUGUUGUCGACAAGGUUAAGCAAACUGUUGGUCUUGAAGCUUCAACUGUUGAAAUAGAAGAGAGAGGUGUAAAACUUCGUUUAACUGUGGUGGAUACCCCAGGAUUUGGAGAUGCUAUUGAUAAUUCAGAUAGUUUCAAGGCCAUAAUUCAAUAUAUCGAUGACCAGUUUGAAAGAUUUUUAAGAGAUGAGAGUGGGUUAAAUCGCAGAAAUAUUAUGGAUAAUAGAGUCCAUUGUUGCUUUUACUUCAUAUCGCCUUUUGGACAUGGAUUAAAGCCACUUGAUAUUGAGUUAAUGAAGCAAUUACAUAAUAAAGUCAAUAUUGUUCCUGUUAUAGCAAAAGCAGACUGUCUUACAAAAAAAGAAAUUCUCCGAUUAAAAAAACGAGUUUUGGAAGAAAUAGAAACUAAUGGAAUUAAAAUUUAUCCACUGCCUGAUUGUGACAGUGAUGAAGAUGAAGAAUACAAAGAACAGGUAAGACAGCUGAAAGAAGCUGUCCCUUUUGCAGUUUGUGGAUCAAACACAUUUCUUGAAGCUAGAGGAAGAAAAGUAAGAGGUAGAUUAUAUCCCUGGGGUGUAGUUGAAGUUGAAAAUCCUGAGCAUUGUGAUUUUAUUAAACUUAGAACUAUGCUCAUAACACACAUGCAAGAUCUUCAGGAAGUUACACAAGAUGUGCAUUAUGAAAAUUACCGCUCUGAACGAUUAGCAAAAGGUGCUCCUCCUCCUAAAAGGACAUUAGCUUCAUCAGAUGACAAAACACUUUCUCAAAAUGACAAAGAUAAAAUUUUGCAAGAAAAAGAAGCAGAAUUGAGGAGGAUGCAAGAAAUGCUGGCUAAAAUGCAAGCACAAAUGCAACAACAGCCCUUGUAAUAAGGUUUUUGAACAAUUUUAGAUUAGUUAUUCAGAUGUAUACAUUUCAUUUGAAAUAUUGUGAACUAUUGUAUUAUAUGUGAACUAUUGAAUCUCAGCUGUUAAUGUUGUGAUAAUCUUGCUUGCCUUCAUAUCAUUAUGUUUCAUUCAAUCUAUUUUUUAAAUUUUAUUUAAUGAUUUAGAAAAAGAAAAAACAGGAAAACGGUACUCAAUUUAAAAUGUAUUCUUUUAUUUCUAAGUAUGUUAAUGUCUUACUUGAUAUAAAGUGCAUUUUGAAAGGUAGGGUCUGUUGUUGAUCCCGUUUAAAUUUCAAAAUAUUAGCUCAACAAUAAUAAAAAUAAAAUCAUUAAUAUUAACUAUCUAAUGAUUUUAUUACAACAGCUAAUGGUUAAACAAUUUAUUUGACGAGUGUCUCAAUCUUUAGCCUUGAGAAAAAUUUAUGAAUCAAAUUCACUAACUCAAAUUCUAAUUUUCCUUUAGUCUCUAUUUAAUAUACUGUUUUAGAUACAGUCCAAUAAUGCUCUUUUCUUCUGUGAUGCUCUGUCAGUUUUCUUUGAAUAUACUUUGAAGUACUAAAGCUUUUAUUUAAUAAAAAUACAGGGUUUCAAUAGUAGUAAUGACUGUACAUAAAUAUAACUGGUCCCAAAACAAUAUUCUUUAAAAAUCUAUAAUCAAACUCCUGGUCAUUUUUCUUGCUUUGACUAGUCUUUGGGAAAAAAUCAUUUUAAUUCACAAGACCAUAUCUUACAGAAAUAUUCCUUCACAACAUUAUGCAUUAGUUUGUUGCUAUUGUAAUUGAGAGUAUAAAACCUUUUUCAUUGAUUCAUAUAGUCUAAUAAUUUCCUUUAUAAAAAAAAAAAUUGUGAGCAGAUACCAAUGUUGAAAAUUGGCAAAUAAAAAAAAAAAAAAGAGGCUUCAAAAAUGUGUUACAGAGAAUAAAAUAGUUUUUUUCUUAAUGUUUGUGCUAAAAUAGAAAAGAAGUUAUACCAUUCUAUAAAGUUUAGCUUACCAAAAAUAUGUUUUAACCUAUUUAUAUAUUUUUAUUUGCCAAUGAACUACCAUGGAUCGAUAUCCUUUGUAACUUUAGAAUGAUUCGCCCAAACAGCGGUUGAUUUAAUCUUAAAAUGUAUAAGUAUGUAUAACAAAAAAUAUUAAUUAAUGAAAAAAUAAAUUAUUUCAAUGUUCAAUGGAAUUAACUAUUUAUUGGUACUAUAUUGAUUUAAGUUUCUUUUUAUUUUGGAGCAGGCUUAAACAUGUAUUCACACCCAAACACGUAUACUGUUCUUAUUGGUAAUCGUGGUAUUCAAUAAUUAUUGGUAACUGUUAUUAUGGUUCUUUUUAGAAUAUCUUUGAAGUCGAUUUUGUUUUACUUUUCUAAAAAGUUAUAUUUAGUUUGUAGUUUUGCAAUUGAUUUAGUUUACUGGUAGCUUUCAUGUGUCUUCUUUGAAUCACUGGUCAGUUAUAUAGAAACUGUAUAUUUUGGAUAAUUUUAAAUAUACAUUUAUGGAUUGUAUAAUAUAUAUGUAUACUAAUUUUAUAUUUUUAUAUUUUCAAUUUUUAAAUAUAUCAUGUAAAUUUAAGAUUUUAAUCGUGAUUAUUUGAUGAUGAAGUUAUUUAUAUAUGUAUUAAACUAUGGUAAUGUUUGAAGCCAUUGUUUGGCUUAUCUUGUUAUGAAGAUUAAAUAAGAUAUAAAUUAUUGAAUUUUGUAUAAAAAUGAGUUUGAUCUUUGUGUGCAUGGGCCUAUAUGUGUGUGGUAAUGCAGCUAGUCUGUGCUAAUAAUAUUUUAUUAUCACUUUUAAGGAUUUAAUCUUUGAAAAACUGCAAUUAUUCAUUGAUUUUACAUUUUUGUUUUAUUUAUAUCUUUGAUAUUUCAUUUUUAUAUUUGGCAUAACAGUGCCUUUCUCAGGUGACUCAAAUAUAAUUGGUAUAAGUACUUAAAGGAUUGUGAUACUUAAUAACAGUAGAUAAUUAAAAUAAUCUAAUAUAUGAUAUGUGUAAUAAUUAUAUACAUAUAUGUGUAUUUAUAGUUGUAAUGUAUUCACUUUAUUUGUAUAGAUGUUAAUACACUUACAUGUAUCUUAUUUUUUACCCAAAAUCAAAUUUCUUACAAAGUUUUUGUAAAAAAAUUCUCCCUCAAAUAUUUUUGGGACAAAAUUAUAGUUAAUAUGGUUGUAAAAUAUAAUUAUAUUUCUUGAUAGCAGACUUAUAAGAAGAGAAUUUAAGAUGGUACCAUAUUUAUACCUAUAAUUAGCUGGGUUUGAAAUUGAUAAUUAAAAGUUAAUAAAUUAAAAUUAAAUCUGAUUAAUAUUUUAAUCAGUCAAUUUAAAAAUCAUUUUUUAAUUGUUAUUAAGAGUGAUUUCUAAUGUGUAAUCAUACGGUUGAAAAACCAUUUCAAUUAUUAUUUAUAAGGUGAAUCUUAUCUUAAUAAUAUAUAAUUCUGUAACUAUAUAUGUUUGUUGCUGCAUUACCAGUUGUCUCGUUUGUUAUUUUCCAGUUUCACUGCUAAAAAAAAUAUAGGCGCUAACUAAUAGAGAUAGUUAUUAUUAUAAAAAAAAUGUUUUAUGAUUAAAUAACAAAGCAUAAUAUUAUUGAUCCACACUAGUUGGAACUGGAAGAGUUAAACUUAAGAAUAUUUUUCUAUGUGCUUCCUUGUCAGCUGAGUGAGCAAAGCACCGAAUAUUUAUAGUUUACAAGGCCUAUUUAUAAUAGUAAAAGAUCCUUAUCAUUUUUUUUUUUUUUUUUUU